AUGGAGCUGUUUUGUGAGUCAGGGAGAUAUCCUGAGGACAGAAGACCAACCAGCUGCAAGUUUGUGGAGCUUCAUGUGCUUUAUGUGCCAGAUGACCAGUGGAAUGUAAAGCUGAAUAAAGUCCCAGCUGAAGCCAUAGAGAGCUUCAUAUCUGCUGGCUUCAUCAGGGUUCAUCCUGAUAUCACCUUGAAAACUCUGAGGUGCGAGCUGGGCGCCCUUCUUGGUGCCGAGAGGAGCAUCGACAAAUUCUCCUUCCUGAAAUGUGUGGGGCGCAGUUUGGCUCUGGUCAAAAGCAAACAGGAGAGGGAUCUGAAAGUGAAAACAUUUGCUCCACCAUAUGCCCCACAGCCAGAGCUUUACCUGCUGCCCACUGUGGAGAAUGACAGCAGUGUUUACUCCGAGUCACUCACCCCAGACACCAGCAGCAGUUCCCCAAACCACCAGACAUAUUACCCUCCCAAGACGUGCAGCCUGCCAGCAGGGACAAAGGAGCCUGUUAAAUUCCCCCAUAUCCCACAGUGUUCUCAUCAGCCACCUCCCACCCCCAGCCUGGAAGAGGAGGAGGAAGAAGAAGAAGAAGAAGAAGAAGAAGAAGAAGAAGAAGAAGAAGAAGAAGAAGAAGAAGAAGAAGAAGAAGAAGAAGUGAAGGAGCUGCCAAAGGAAGAAGAAACUAGAAGAAAAAAGAAAUAUCACCACAGACCAAACAGGGCAGCCAGAAAUUCAGGAGUUGCGGAGUCCCUGGAGGACAGGGAUUCAGGCUUCUCCAUCACAGAUGGGCUCGGGAAAUCAAAAGAUGCACAUACAGUUAAGUCUACCAGAGAACCAACGAGCAGGGGGACAGAAAGUCUGGCUGUGUUGUCUCGGCCUGUUCGAUGUACUUCUCCACCUCCAGGUCUGGACCUGGCCUCAGCCGCACGUAAAUCUGGUUCCUCUCCCAUCUUUCAGACAAACAGAGAGGAUCUAAUAGAAGAAAUCAAGCUGGUGAGAGAGGAGAGAAAGCAGCUGGAGUGGACGAGGCAAGAGUUUUUAAGAAAGGGGAAAGACUUGUUGGCCCAGAACAGACACCGCAGGAACCAAGCACGUGACAGUUGGAAAAAGAAAUAUUUUGACACCAAGAAAGCCACAGCACCAUUGGAGGAAAACCUGAGAAACAUACAGCAAGAACUGGAGACAUUUUACAACAAACUAUUGCACCAGCUCCACGCAAGAGACAACAGAGGCAAGCCAAGAAGGCAAGGCCGAUCUUCCAUAAAGAAUGAGCUCAUCAUUCAGAUCAUGACAGAGAGCUACGAGAUCGACAACCUGAAGAGGAAGGUGGAGGAUGCCAAGAUGAAGCUGGUGACAGAGAUCAAGCUGAGGAAACAGGCAGCCACAGAGCUGAGGGCACUGAAGGCUGAGCUGGCCCAGAAGAAGAGCCAGUCAUCUCAUCCUGGACCUGUGGCCUCUCUGGGCUUUCGAAAUACCACACGGGACAGACCACAGGCGCUGUAA